AUGAAUCACCCCGAGAACAUCAUCUACUACAGGAAGCUCAUCCUCUGUCCUACGAUUGUAACUUGGUCUGUACCAGAACUCCUCCGAGAAUGUCCUGGGUGCAACGACUCCUUGUUAUAUUGCUACUGCCACAACUUUCGCAUCAUCUUCACUGAUAGGGCGUGUACGAACAACGGGCGGCCUGAAGCAAAAGCAGGACUCGCUGUGGCAUACGGCAAUUGUGAUGAAAGCUAA